GUGAGGAUGUCGAGUUGUCUUUUACAAAGAGAUUCUACGAGGUCAUAAAUUAAAAAAUUGCUCCGAAAAUAAUAUAAAGUUUAUAAAAAAGAAAAAAAAAUUUAAUCUCAAUCUCAAUACUAAUAAAUUACAAGGGCAAUAUUUUUUUAGUGUCAUUUAGGUUUAUUUUAUCUAAAAUUACCUAGAUUUAGUUUUUUAAAUUUAAUUGGGCAUUAAUACUUAUCACUAAGACAUUUGAUUAGACACGUUAAAUUAUAUUAGUCUAAUCCAGUUACUCGUAAAAUACAUCACGAAUUAAUUUCAUUUUAUUAAUUUUUGUUGUAAAUAUAUUUAUAUUUAAAUAUCUAAAAUCAUAUCACUAACAGUUCACGGUCAUUAUCACGAUCAUCAUCGGUAAAAUGAAGUCCAAACAAAAAAUUAAAAAAUUAAAUAAUUAUUUACAUAAUUUAAAAGUUAUGAGUUUUAUUAAAUAAAUAUAUGUAUACAUUAUUUGUACUUUAUGACCUGUGGACGAUGAUUAAAAUUACGGUUUCAAAAGAUUUACUCUUCUAAUGUCAUCGGUCGUUAGAAGAAUAUACGCGUAUCGUAGUAUGACCUAAUGAAGGAAGUUCUUAUUCUAUAGUUGUGUAGACAAAAGUACGUUUACUUAGAGUUCAAGUGUCGAAUGAUAACGUUUUAAAAUGAGCAUUAUGUUAUUUAUAAUAACGUCUACCCACGCACAGUCAUAGUUCAUUAUUUUUUAUACCUUUAAGAAAAUAAAGCAAUGACAUAUCAAUGUCUCUAUUGCGUACCAGAAUUUAUAAAAAGGGUCGAACUAAUAUCGUUCACCGGAUGGGUGCCUGGACUGAAAAUAGUUCUGUUAAGGUGGUGAAGGUGAUUCCAAACGAAUUCGACUCGUGGUUAAUUAACGAUAAUAAUAACAAUAACUAUAACAAUAAAAAAAAAAUAAUCAUUUCACCUGGUACAACAAUAGAUGAACGUAAUCGACCACGAAUUAGAAUUCGUCAACGGAUUGACCGUGAGUGCGAUGCUGAUACGUCUACGACGAAUAAAAAGCGGACGACGACGGCGACGAAGACGACGGCAAUUACUCAAAAAAUAAUUAAAACCGUAGAUAUUAUUUUAAUUAUCAACACAAUUAUUAAUACAAAGUUUGUCUUCCAUUUCUACGUGUUAAUAACUUCAUUAUUAUUAUUUACUCAUAACAUCAUCAAUGAGUGGUCAAUUUUAUCUACUUUCAAAUUGAAAACCAAAGCAAUAAAUUAUUUAUGCUUGUGUGUGUAAAAAAAAAAAAAAACAAUAAUAAUAAUAACAACAACAGACAACAGUUUUAAUUAAGUGCUUUAUAAUAAAUAUUUUGAGAAUGGACCCGAAUGUUUGGCCGAACUCAACUGAUAAUGAAUCAAUGAAUAAUUAUAAAGCCGACGAUGAGGGUGUAAAUAUUAAAUUCAAUUGGACUAAAGGAGACAUAAAUUCCGAAGCAUUAAACUCGGAGUUUGAAACUAGUUAUGUUAAAAGUGUCCAGCAAAUAAAUCGUGACGAUAAUAGUGUCAAUAUGAUUAAUAAAGAUCAACAAGAAGAUGAUAAUGAUGAAGAAGGAGUUAUAGGUUUUGUGAAUGAUAUUAUUUUUGAUCAAGUAAAACCAAAUUAUAAUAGUGAAAUAGAUGGUAAAAAUAAAAUUACCGCGCAAGAUAAUUUAAAACGACCAAAAAGUUUGUUUGACAGUAAAAUAAAAAAUGAUGAAAUAAUAGCAAAUGGUAAUAAUAAUAAAUGUUUAAGAGUUAAAUUUAGUUCGAAGAAACGAAAAAAAACAUCAUCGUCAAGAUCAAAAAAAGAAAUAAACAAAGAACAGCCAAGUCCGUCAUCUAUUUCAACAUCAAGUUGUUCACCAUCAACUGGAGUUAGUUCUGAUGAAGAUAAUUCGAGUUUUGAACAAUUUGCGGAAGCUCGUCCACCUGAUGGUGGAUGGGGUUGGGUUGUAGUUGCAGCAGCAUUUAUGGUUAAUUUAAUUGCCGAUGGAAUAACAUUUUCAUUUGGAGUUAUCUAUGUUGAAUUUUUAAAUUACUUUGGUGAAGGAAAAUCUAAAACCGCUUGGAUUGGAUCACUGUUCAUGGCAAUGCCAUUGUUGUCGGGACCAGUUGCAAGUUUUUUAACUGAUCGUUAUGGCUGUCGACGUGUUUCAAUAGCUGGAAGUAUACUUGCAACCCUUGGUUUUGUUAUAAGCUCAUUCACCAGCUCAAUGGGCGUACUGAUUUUCACAUUUGGAGUUGUUGCGGGUUUCGGAUUGUCACUGUGCUUUGUCGCAGCCGUUGUAAUUGUCGCUUAUUAUUUUGAUAAAAAAAGAUCAUUUGCUACGGGAUUAUCAGUUUGCGGUAGUGGAAUUGGAACUUUUAUAUUUGCUCCAGUGACACAAUAUUUAUUAGCCGAAUACGGUUGGCGUGGUACAACAUUAAUAUUAGCUGGAUUGUUUUUAAAUUUAGCGGUUUGUGGUUGUCUUAUGCGUGAUCUUGAGUGGACAACAGUACGUGCUAAAGCUAAAUGUGAAGAACGUAAACGUAAUAGAGAACGUAAAAGAACUAGUAGAUUACAAAGUUCAAGUGUUGAUUCAUUUUCAGCAAGCUUGUCUAUUAACACAACGACCCAAACACCUCAUACUAUUGGUAAUUCAGUAUCAGCAAAUCCAGUAGACACAGAUUGCCUUAGGCGAAUUAACAAAGAAGACAAUAAUGGUAAAUUAUUUUCUAGUCUUCUUACAUUGCCGACAUUUUUAAAAAAUGGUGAUCAAGUACCUCUUGAAGUACUUGAUCUUUUAUCAACACGCAAAGACGUAUAUAAUGUUUUAAUGCACAAUUAUCCAAGACUUUUGACGUCUUCACGAAGUAUAAGUGAUUCAGCAACUUUAAAUGAUCCUAUGAUUAAUUGUCCAACUGUCAAAACAGGAAGUCCUCAUAGUUUAAAUACACCGCAAAUAAAUCAAUAUAGAAAAAAUCAACAGCCAAAACAACAAAAUCAACAACAGCAUCAGCAACAACAUACAACAGAAAAAUUUAAUAAUUCAGUGAAAUUGAAUUCCGAUAAAAUUUUCAAUUCUGAACAACAAGACAACGACGAUAUUGCCUUUAAUAUUGCAUACCUAUGGUGGCUCAAUAAAAAUAAAGCUGAUUGUUCUUUAAAAAGAUCUGCAACACUUGAGGCACAUCGUAGAGUAGCACCAGCAUAUUUGAGAAAUGUCAGAGUUCACAGGCAUAGUCUUACAUACCGCGGUGCCAUGCUCAACAUCAACAGAUAUCGUUUAAGGGCAUCUAGUUGUCCAGAUAUUUAUAGAAAUUCAAUGACAACAAUUGCUAAAACAAAAUUUGUUUGGUACUCAGGCCUUUGGGAGUUUUGGGAUUUACUUGUUGACAUGCUAGAUUUUUCACAUUUUGGUGUUUCGGAAUUUCUUUUAUUUUCUAUAAGUAAUUUUCUUUUACACACUUGGUACGAUGUGCCUUAUGUUUAUCUUACUGACAAUGCUAUUGAGAUGGGAUUCAGUGAAACCGACGCGUCGAUCCUCAUUUCCGUUAUUGGCAUCGCUAAUAUGUUUGGCGAGAUUUUUCUUGGAUGGGCUGGUGACAGAGCAUGGGUGAAUGCAUCGAUUGUCUACGCGCUUUGCAUGAUUUUCUGUGGUAUUGCUACAAGUUUAAUACCAUUGGUUACGAGUAAUUAUUAUGCAUUGUGCUCAGUAUCAGCAGCCUUUGGUAUAUUUAUUGCCGCAAAUUAUAGUCUUACAAGUAUCAUACUUGUUGAAGUUAUUACACUCGAACGAUUUACAAACGCAUAUGGUCUACUUCUUCUUGUUCAAGGGAUAGCUAAUCUUAUGGGCCCACCUUUAGCCGGCUGGCUCUAUGACAUCACUGGAACAUAUGAUUUAUCUUUUUAUCUUGCCGGAUUUUUUAUCGGUUUGAGCGGUGUUCUUCUUAUGGUAGUACCACUAAUGGGAUAUUAUAAGAAAUUUUUUAAGAGAAAAAAUGCUGACGUACCAAGAGAUGAAUUUGCUGAAAUAAAUAGUGUAUAAAAUUAAUAUUUUCUCAGAUAAAAUAACAAAUAUUUUACAAUCUUAUAUAUUAAACCGUAAAAAAUCAAUUAACGAUUUUUUUUAGUCGAGUAAUAUUUAUUAUUGCAAAAAAUCAUUUAUCAUUUAAUAGUUAAUUAUAUAUUUAAAAAUACUAUUAAUAGUUUAAAAUUUUAAAUUCAUUCAGUUGAUAAUAAGAACAAUAAUAACUGUAUUAGUUAAUUGUUUUAUUAUUCAAUAAUAAACGUGCAUACUGUUUUAAUAUUUUUAAUAUAUGUACAAUAUUAAUAGCGUGUUGUUGCUUGUUUUCGGCUGCUCGGAGAAGGGCUGCUAAUAUCGAAAGAAUCUGAUUGUAAAUUUAAAAAUUUUUAAUUAUUUUAUUUUGAAAAUUUAUUGACUAAUGAGAUUUUUUUUUCUUUAUUAAUAUUAAAUUAUCAAAGAUAUUAUUUGUCUCAAUGAUUGUCAUUAUCCGUGUAAAAAAAUUUUUCCGAAAAUGUUCUUGACAAUGAACUUUUAAAAUUGACAUUUUUGAAAUUUUAAAAUAAUUCGAAGUGUAAAAAAUUUUAAACUAGUGUAGAGUUUUUUUGCGGUCUUCGGGUUUUUUUUUUUAUUUUUUAAGCAAAAACGAUUUGAAUCGACGAUUUUGUGAGUUUAUAGUUAGUUUCAAUCACUCAUUUUUUUUGACUAUUUUUGUACGAAUACGAAACGUGAAAAAAAAAAAUUGACUUCCAAAAAUUUCGAAUAAAAAUAAAAAAAUCUUAAAAAAAUAUUUUCAAAUCAUUUUUAUUUUUUUUUUUACCUCAUAAUUCUAAUAUGAGUCGGGAAUUUUCAUAAUUUCCAAUUAAUUUCUUUCUUUUUAAUAUUCAUUACAUCCACAAAAAACUGUCAAAUUCAAUUAUUUUUAUUAAAAAAAAAAAAAAAAAAAAAAA